GCGGCCCGGGAGGGGCUGAGCCCAGAGCCGCCUCACGGCUUUAUCGGGAAGCGCGGGGUCAGGCCCCGGUGGGGUUCGUUAAACCCGUAUAGAACGCUACGGUGAUUUCAUGCCCGGCUUUCCCGGUCCUGCUGGUUCUCCUCCUGAGAAGAACGGAACAGAACGGGCCCGCAGAGCACGCUAGGCGCGCCGCCGCUUCCCGCCCCGCUUUUCGAUUUACGGCGCUGUCGUGACGCUGCGGACCGGCAGCCUCGGCGAUGCUUUACGGCCGAGGCUGGGUCCUGCGCGCUGAUUGGCUCCGCGGGGGCUGCGCUGCGCUCUGAUUGGCCCCGCGCGGGGCCGGGGGCGGUUUGAGCGGCAGCGCCCGGCGCGGUGGCGGCUCCGCGGUUCCGGCACGAUGCUGCCCCUGUCGUUGCUGAAGACGGCGCAAAACCACCCCAUGCUGGUGGAGCUGAAGAAUGGAGAGACGUACAACGGGCACCUGGUGAGCUGCGACAACUGGAUGAACAUCAACCUGCGGGAGGUCAUCUGCACCUCACGGGAUGGUGACAAGUUCUGGAGAAUGCCAGAGUGUUACAUUCGUGGCAGCACAAUUAAAUACCUUCGGAUCCCCGAUGAAAUAAUUGACAUGGUGAAAGAAGAGGUGGUGUCCAAGGGCAGAGGCCGUGGUGGGAUGCAACAGCAGAAGCAACAGAAAGGCCGUGGUGUUGGAGGUGCUGGACGAGGUGUGUUUGGUGGCCGUGGCCGAGGAAUACCAGGCAGCGGAAGAGGCCAGCAGGAAAAAAAGCCAGGCAGGCAAUCAGCAAAGCAGUGAGGGGCUGCCUGCACCCCGGCCAGGGACAGCGCCGCGACGCUCUUCAGUUUCAGCACCUCAGGAUUGCCAUGAGUUUAAUUUCUGCUCCUCCUCCGUCGAUCCGUGCCCGAAUCAUGUUGUUUGGAAGCCCCUCGUGAUUUGAUCUGAUAAAGUGAAGCUCUUGGCUUCUUUUAGCCAGCGAGUCUGUAAUUGGGAAUGUUUAAAAAAAACAAAGCCAUCUGCGGUUAAGGACCUGACUUCAGCACUAUUUAAUUUUUCGGGGUCACUACGUUUAAUUUACAAGAACCUCCUGUAUAUUGCUGUAAGAUCUAAGGCAAACACUUUCAGGA